AGUACUCGCGAGUACUGUUGCAACCCUAUUAUACGAGUACGCUCAUUUCCGUCAGCUGAUUACCUACCGCCGCGCCUUGCCGGAUUAUUGAUCUGUUUUCAUGCUGCCGGCGACUCUCGAUUCAUUUUCCCGAUGUAUUGCAACCUGGGACUAUGCACCCGGUCGCGUUUUGUUUUCGGUUUUCUUUCGUGUCGUCGUUGUCGUGGAGGUGGUGGUGGUGUUGUUUCGACGGUUCCAAAUCGUACUCACGAUGAAAUUUUUUUCCAGCCAUGAGCACCAGCCAUGGGUAAUUACGUAAUUAAAACAUAGUGAUCGGUAAUUAUUCGUACUCGUAGAUGUUGUAGUGAUCGAAAAAAAAAAGAACUGGAACCGAAUGUUGACUGAUAUAAUGGUUAUGCAAUGUGUCGCAGAGAACGACGAUUCGUUAUCGACUGUGGUUAGCAAUGCUUGGCAUGAUAUGAUUGAGACUGAAAAUGAAUCGCUGCGAGAACGAGUCACCGAUCUGGAGAAGAAAGUUUUGGAACAAAAUGACGAAAUCGUUUGCCUUCGAUCGACCUUAGCUGACGUAUUGAGAAGAUUAACCCAACUCGAAGGAUCCAGAUCACUGAGCACGCCUCCGGCCAAAAAUGGACUAUAUCGAAACGUAAAUCAACACAUAGGUAAUCAUCACACGUUGAGCUCCGGCGGCAUUCGAGAUGGCGGACUGCGGUAUCGACCACAUUCUGAAAUUAUAUCGAAUAGAGAACCAGUUCGCAGAGUCGCUAGUCAUUCUUCAUCAUUACCACAAAGGAAAGGAAUCCAUUAUCAGUCGACUGGUUCAUUGCAUUCAGAUUCGCACAGCUCGAGUAGCGUUUCGCCGAUCCCAAUGUCACCGACACCUUCGCCAACCAGACCGACGACAGGAAAUUGCCUAAAACCACCGACCCCUAUACCGUCCACCAAUCUGUAUAACUCGAAGAAAUGGAGUUCCACCGGAGACUUCAACAACGCAGCUUAUGCCAACGUUUCUCCUACGACGACCAAUAAUAGACUAAGUACAAAAUCAUUAUUUAACUUGCAUAUGCGUCCUUUACCGUCGCAGAAUCUCACUGCUCAUUUAAAACAUGGGACUCGAGACACGUCUUACAACUCGGAGGAAGGUAGCCUGCGGAUGUACUUAAGGGGCCGUCCGAUCUGCCUGUACGCUCCGACCGAAGUAAUGGAUUCGUACGAUAUAUCCAAGGUUUCCACCGCACCGCAAUCUAGACUGAAAUUAGAAUGGGUCUAUGGUUAUAGAGGUAAAGACUGCCGCUCGAAUUUGUACUUAUUGCCGACCGGUGAAAUCGUCUACUUUGUGGCCGCCGUCGUCGUGCUGUAUAAUUCCGAAGAACAAAGCCAAAGGCAUUAUUUGGGGCAUACCGACGAUAUCAAAUGUUUGGCCAUCCAUCCUAACAAGCUGUUAGUGGCGACCGGUCAAACAGCAGGACAUGACGUCAGAGAAGGCAAACCUCAUAUACGUAUAUGGAAUUCUGUCAGUUUGGCCACCGUUUGUAUCAUCGGAUUAGGUGAAUUCGAAAGGUCAAUUAGUUGUUUAUCAUUUUCAAAAGCGGAUGGCGGAACUUUAUUGUGUGCUGUUGAUGAAGCUAACGAUCAUAAUAUUUCGAUAUGGGAUUGGCAGAGGAGUGACAAAGGGCAUAGAAUUACCGAAACUAAAUGCUCAAUGGAUACAGUUGUGGCUGCUGAAUUUCAUCCGUUGGAUAAAAACAGCAUCGUUACCUGUGGCAAGAACCAUAUCAGUUUCUGGACCCUGGAUGCUGGUGGUACCUUGUACAAAAGACAAGGACUAUUCGAGGGUAGUCGAGAUCGUCCCAAAUACGUAACUUGUUUGGCGUUCACUCAACAAGGAGAUGUUCUGUCUGGUGACUCGAAUGGAAACGUGAUCGUUUGGGCCAGAGGUAAAAAUACCAUCGUGAAGGUGGUGAAAAAUGUACACGAAGGAUCGGUGUUCUCGAUCUGUGUACUGAAAGAAGGCAGUAUUAUUUCCGGAGGAGGUAAAGAUGGCCGAAUUGUUCAAUUCGAUGGCAAUCUACAAUCUACAGGAUUCGAAGCUCAAAUCGCCGAACAUUUGGGAGGUAUUCGUGCCUUAUCCGAAGGCAGAGGAUCCCAACUGUUGGUCGGAUCUACCAGGAAUUGUAUCCUGAUGGGUUCCUUAUCACUUGGAUUCAGUCCUGUGGUACUGGGACAUACCGAUGAAUUGUGGGCACUGGCUGCCCAUCCCGAUUUACCCCAGUUUUUGACCGCCGGUUUCGAUAAUAUCGUCCAGUUAUGGGAUGCUAUGUCCCAUACUGUUGUCUGGAGCAAGGAUAUUGCGGAACAAGUGCAAUCGGCUGCGUUCUCGAUCGAUGGAAGCGUCGUGAUUGUCGGAUGCGUAUCUGGUAAAUGGCUUGUGAUGGACUCGGAAACUCGAGAAAUCUACUCAGUACAUUCGGAUGGUUCCGAACCCAUCCAGGUCGUGAAAUUCUCACCCGAUGGUAAACUGUUAGCUUUAGGCUCUCGAGAUAACUACGUUUACAUUUAUCACGUCGGAGACGAUGCUAGAAAAUACAGCAGAGUUGGAAAAUGCUCGCCGGAAAGGAGACGCAGGAAAAUCUCUUUUGCUACUAUUAUGGGUCAUUCGAGCUUUGUAACUCAUCUGGAUUGGUCCCAAGAUGGUCAAUACCUGAGGAGUAAUUCUGGCGAUUAUGAACUCCUUUACUGGAACGCCGGAAUUUGCAGACAAGUACCUCAAAGUACGCAGCUACGAGAUGUGACGUGGGCCAGUAACUCGUGCACCAUUAGUUUCCAAACUGUGGGUAUUUGGCCCGAAGGAGCCGACGGGACCGAUGUAAAUGCCUGCGAAGUGUCGCACGACAGAAAAGUGCUCGCAACUGGGGAUGAUUUUGGUAAAGUGAAGCUGUACUCGUAUCCAGUGUCUCAACCCAAGAGCUUACCCCAUGUUUAUGGAGGCCAUAGUAGUCAUGUUACUAAUGUUACAUUCCUGCACGACGAUAUGAGAUUGAUAUCGAUUGGAGGCAAUGAUACUAGCGUACUCCAAUGGGAUAUUAAUUAAGAGAUGUUUGUCGAGUUAUUUGCGCACGAGAUUUUUAUUCCAUAAAUUAUUAUUAUUUUUUUUUUGUAUGUGAGUGAUUAGAAAAUUGUUCAUUUGCUACAAAACGCUGCAAAAUACGUAUCAAAAAGUCGAGCACAAAUUUAUACCUAUCUAUAUUUUUCCUUAUUAUACAUAGUUGAGAUUAAUCAGUAUUACCGGAACGAAAUCAAUGUGUUAAUUAUUGUGUCAGGGAUUUUGGGAUUUGAUUUCUUUUUGUUUUUUCAUAUUCGCAGUUGCCUUCCAGUUUUGAAAAUUUCACUCUUUAUUUUAUACCUACGGUUAUUUUAUCAAAUUAACUGUGUGUAACGUUUUCUUUUUUGUUAUGUGUAUUUAUACGUAGAAUUUCUCUCGAUGGAUUUAUUUCUUUUUUUGUAUAUUAAAAUAAUGAAGAAUA